AUGGCCGCCCAUGACCCAGUCCCGGUGGAGGAUAUCGACUAUGAAGCUUUACCGCCCAAUUUCACAGCCUUGGAGAACAUGUUGGCUGGUGGAUUUGCCGGAGUCGCCGAACACUCUGUCAUGUAUCCAGUCGACAUGCUGAAGACUCGCCUCCAAAUACUAAAGCCCGCCGAAGGCGGCCUGUACACCGGCAUGCACCAAGCGUUUUGGAAGAUACGGAGGAUAGAAGGACUCAGGUCGAUGUGGAAAGGUGUCUCAAGUGUGAUCGUCGGGGCUGGUCCGGCGCAUGCCCUCUACUUUUUGACCUACGAGGCGGUGAAGCAUGCCAUGGGAGGAAACAAUUCAGGCCAUCAUCCACUCGCAGGAGCUGUCAGUGGGGCUUGCGCAACGAUUGCCAGUGACGCUUUGAUGAACCCGUUCGAUGUCAUUAAACAGCGCAUGCAGGUCCAUGGCUCGAUGUACAGGUCAAUACGGCAGUGUACGAAAUCAGUCUACAAGAACGAGGGCCUCCGGGCAUUCUACAUCUCGUAUCCAACGACGAUAAGCAUGACCGUUCCAUUCACCGCGCUGCAGUUCUCGGCUUACGGCUCCAUCUCGCAAUAUCUCAACCCUUCACGAGAUUACAACCCUACGACGCAUAUAGUUGCCGGCGGGCUGGCGGGAGGCUUGGCCGCAGCAUUGACAACACCCUUGGAUGUCAUCAAGACUUUGCUGCAAACUAGAGGUACUGCGAAAGAUAAUGAGCUGAGACAUGCGAAAGGAAUGUUCGAUGCAGCGGCCAUUAUCAAAAGACAACAUGGAUACGGGGGCUUUUUCCGUGGUCUACAACCAAGAAUCCUGACGACGGUACCUAGCACUGCUAUAUGCUGGAGCUCGUAUGAGUUGGCUAAGAAUUAUUUCAUCCGUCAUAACGACGAGCUAUGA